UUUUUGCAAGGGUUGCUUUUAAUUUUGUUCAGUGAGAUUGGGGAUAAGACGUUCUUCAUCGCCGUGCUGCUGGCGCUGCAGCAGGAUAAAAAGGCGGUGUUCGCGGGGACGUACGGGGCGCUCGCGGCGAUGACGGUGAUUUCGGUGACGCUCGGCCAGUUUCUUCAUCAGUUGGAUGAGAAUUUGCCGUUCGAGACGAGCGUUCCGUGGGAUGACUUCUUAGCGGCCGGGUUGUUGUUGUUCUUCGGCGUGCAAACGAUUCGAUCGGCGGAGGAGAGCAAAGCUGAGGAGGAGGAGGAGGACGCCAAGGAAGCCGUGGAAGGCUUGGGUAGUACGUUUAACGACGAGAUGGCGUUGAUCGCGACCACGGCUGCGCUAGUGUUCGGCGCCGAAUGGGGCGAUAAGUCGUUUUUCGCCACCAUCGCGUUAGCCGCUGCGGCUGACCCAGGUCAAGUUGUCGGCGGGGCGCUCGCGGGGCAUUUCAUCGCCACCGCCGGAGCCGUCACCAUCGGCGACGUCAUAGGCGAUUACAUUUCUGAGCGCGUCGUGGCGUACGCGGGCGGUUCGUUGUUCAUUCUCUUCGCGGUUGGCACGCUCGUUGACGCGUUUAACAAAUAA